AUUUGCCCUAUUUUAUUACAUCCUUAUUCUUCGUUCCUUUUUACACUCCUUUAUCCUUUUUUUUUUUUUUGUUUUUGUUUCUUCCAAUGCAUGAUUUAUAAAGAUAGAUGACACCAAACAACGAAAAAGCAAUAUUGGUUUUUGACGGUGCAACAACAACAAUCGCAACUAGAAUUGUGCAGCAGCUCUUAACGUGCGACUGUGAAGAGGUUCUGUUGGCUGGGACUACUACAGUUCUGCAGCGGUGGUGGUGGUUGGCAGAUCCGGACCUGUUCUUAUUCUGGGGGGUAAGGACGGUUUCGACAACGUGUGAUGGUAACGGUUGCGACCUUGCUUUUUCGCCGGGAAGAACACCAGAGGUUGAAAAAGGUGAAGCUGUCCUUCUUGUUCUUCAUUCUAUCCACUGCUGUCUCCUUCUUUUCCAUUGCGUCUGGUUGGUUCUCCGCGUCAAUGUUCUUUUGUCAAAGCAAAGGUUCAUUGGAAUAAAGUCACGAAAACAAAAAGAAAUAACCUUACAGCAUGAAAAUCAUUUAUGCAAAAUCUCAAUAACGGUGGUUCAUGAACAAGAGGCCAUCCAACUGUUAGAAUAA